UCUUUGUGGCUGCUGUGCGCCGCCGUGGCUGCUCCCGCAGGGGCGCCGGGUCUGAGCAGAGGCGGUGUGUCCAGUCCCGUCGAGGCCCUCGACCGCCGCUUUCCGCGGGACAGCUCGGUGGUGCCCCUAAGGCCCGCGCUGACGCUGUGUUGUAAACCGGAAGCGAAUAGCAGGGUGAGAGCCGCGGGCUGCCGAGGAAGCCAGGAUCCUCUCCCACGCACAAAGCUCAGUUAUACUAAGGUUUCUGUAAGCUAUUUCAGCCCAGAAUGGCUAUGGAAUCCAGAACACUUUCAACUUUAAAACCUCAGGAUCACCAAGAAGAAGAAUUAAUACUAGUAAAAAUAGAAGAUAGCUUUUCUUGGAGUCAGAACUGUAAACAGAAUGGAAGCACCCAAUCUUGCCAAGAAUUGUUUCGCCAGCAGUUCAGAAAGUUUUGCUAUCAUGAAACACCCGGGCCCCGAGAGGCGCUGUGCCGACUCCAGGAGCUUUGCCAUCAGUGGCUGAUGCCAGAGCUGCACACAAAGGAGCAGAUCCUCGAGCUGCUAGUGCUAGAGCAGUUCCUGAGCAUCUUACCUGAGGAGCUGAGGGGAUGGGUCCAACAGCAUGGCCCAGGAAGUGGUGAGGAAGCUGUGAGUCUGCUGGAGGAUCUGGAGAAAGAGUUUGAUGAUCCAGGGCAGCAGGUCCCACAUAGUCCACAAGGACCAUCAGUGUCAUGGAAAGAUUUGACAUAUCUUAGAGAAUCCCAGGAUUCAACAAGCAUCCAAGUCCGGCCUCUGAAGACACAGCUAAAAUAUUGGAAACCUUGCCCUUCCUCUAAAAGUGAUUCUAAGAAUAAUGAAACAACAGCAACAGAGGACAUUUCAGAAGAAAAGUCACCAGGACUCUCUUGGGACCCUUCAUCUAGAGGUGUUAGUGAGCACAGAAGCAAUUUAGAGUGGCAGCAGAGAAGUUCCCCUCUCCAUAGGGGUAGUUUUAGUCAAGUGAUCUUCACACACAAAUCCUUAGCGAAGACGGAUCAUCAUGAUGAAUCUCAAAGAUGCUUAAUUCUAAGUACCAACUCUGUAACAUGUCAGAAAGUUUCUCCAGAAGAGAGACCUUACAGAUGUGAUGUAUGUGGGCACAGCUUUAAACAGCAUUUCUCUCUGACACAGCAUCAGAGGAUCCAUACUGGAGAAAAGCCCUAUAAAUGCAGCCAGUGUGGGAAGGCCUUUAGUUUGAGGUCAUAUCUUAUUAUUCAUCAGAAAAUCCAUAGUGGUGAAAAAGCAUACGAAUGUAAUGAAUGUGGAAAAGCCUUCAAUCAGAGCUCAGCCCUCACUAGACAUCGGAAAAUCCAUACAGGUGAGAAAGCUUGUAAAUGUAAUGAGUGUGGCAAAGCGUUCAGUCAGAGCUCUUACCUAAUUAUACAUCAGAGAAUUCACACUGGAGAGAAGCCCUAUGAGUGUAACGAGUGCGGGAAAACCUUCAGCCAGAGCUCAAAGCUUAUUAGACACCAGCGAAUUCACACAGGAGAGAGACCCUACGAGUGCAGUCAAUGUGGAAAAGCUUUCAAGCAGAGCUCAGAACUGAUCACCCAUCAGAGGAUACACAGCGGAGAGAAACCCUAUGAAUGUAGAGAGUGUGGAAAAGCCUUCAGUCUGAACUCAAACCUCAUCAGACACCAGAGAAUUCACAGUGGAGAGGAACCCUAUCGGUGUAAUGACUGUGGCAAGACCUUCAAAAGGAGCUCAGCCCUUGUUCAGCACCAGAGAAUCCAUUCUGGGGAUGAAGCUUAUAUAUGUAAUGAAUGUGGGAAGGCUUUUAGGCACAGAUCAGUGUUGAUGCGCCAUCAGAGAGUACACACUGCAGAGAAACCUCACGAAUGUGAUGAAUGUGGAAAGGGCUUUCGUUCGCGCUCAGCCCUGGCUCUGCAUCAGAGAAUUCAUACUGGAGAGAAACCCUAUCCGUGCAAUUGGUGUAAUAAAAGCUUUAGUCGGAGCUCAGACCUUGUCAAACAUCAAAGAGUCCACACUGGGGAAAAGCCUUACAAAUGUAAGGAGUGUGGGAAGGCCUUCAGCCAGAGCUCAGAUCUCAUCAUACACCAGAGAAUUCACACAGGAGAAAAACCCUACCCGUGCGGUCAUUGUAGCAAAAGCUUUAGCCAGCACUCAGACAUGGUCAAACAUCAGAGGAUCCACACUGGAGAGAAGCCUUAUAUGUGUAGCCAGUGUUAUAAACAUUUCAGCCAGAGCUCUGAUCUUAUAAAACAUCAGCGAACCCACACUGGAGAGAAACCAUAUAAGUGUAAAACUUGUAAGAAGGCCUUUAGUCAGAGCUCUGAUCUUAUUCUCCAUCAGCGAAUCCACUCUGGGGAGAAACCAUAUCCAUGUAAUCAAUGUAGCAAAAGUUUCAGUCAGAAUUCAGACCUUAUUAAACACAGAAGGAUUCACACUGGAGAGAAGCCAUAUAAAUGUAACGAAUGUGGAAAGGCUUUUAAUCAGAGCUCGGUCCUUAUUCUGCAUCAGAGAAUUCAUACCGGAGAGAAACCCUACCUAUGUAACCAGUGUACCAAAACCUUCAGUAGGUUUUCAGAUCUCCUUAACCAUCAGCGAAUUCACACUGGAGAGAAGCCGUACCCGUGUGGUCAGUGCAGUAAAACGUUCAGUAGGAGGUCGGAUCUUAUUAAACAUUAUAGAGUCCACACGGGGGAGAAGCCCUAUGAAUGUAAGUGUGGGAAGGCCUUCAGUCAGAGCUCCAACCUUGUUCUCCACCAGAGAAUCCACACCGGGGAAAAACCCUAUCCCUGCAGUGACUGUACCAAGAGUUUCAGUCGCCGUUCAGACCUCAUAAAGCAUCAAAGAACACAUACUGGCGAAAAACCAUAUACAUGCGACCUGUGCGAUAAAAGCUUCAGUCAAAGCACAGAUCUCACGAAACAUCGGAGAAUGCAUUCGGCUGAAAAGUCCUACCACUGUGAUAGUUGCGGCAAAGCCUUUAGUCAGAGUUCUGACCUCAUCCUUCACCGUAGAAUAUACACAAGAAAAAAACCCUCUGAGUGCUCGCUGUGCACCCGAUGUUUCCGUCAGAAUGCAGGCCGUAUCAAACACCGGAGAAGCCACACUGGAGAGAAACCCUAUCCAUGUGCUAAGUGCGGCAGAAGCUUUAGUAGGAGCGUUGAUCUCUUUAACCAUCAGAGAAUACACGUUGGGGAAAAAACGCAAAAAUAAUACCCGUGGGAAAUUGCUGGGAAUGACCCUUCUGUACACUGAGUAUGUGUACUCUCAAGACAGGCCGGUAGCCAGACCAGAAGUUAGGCGGGAAAGCCAAACAGAAUGAUGGGAAGAACGGGGGUGGAGUCAGGCAGACGUCCUAGCUGCCUAAGAAGUAAGACAUGAUAGAGGACAGGUAAAGCCAGGAGCGAUGUGGCAAUACAUAGAUUAAUAGUAAUGGGUUAAUUUAAGUGUAAGAGCUAGUAGCAAGCCUGAGCAUUUGGCCAAGCAUUUAUAAUUCAUAUUCAGCCUCUGAGUCUGUUAUUUAGGACCCAGGAGUUGGGACAGGAAACGUUUUGGAACUGUGACCAGUCUCACUGAAUAUCAAAGGAUGCACAUAGAAGGGAAACAACCCUCAGUUCGGGGUAGCAGACGUUUUAACAAACCUGAUCAUGGUAACUUUAAGAAAACCCAUUCCAGCCAGGUGGUGAUAGCGCAUGCCUUUAACUUCAGCCUUCAGGAGGCAAAGGCAGGCAGAUCUACAUAGCAAACUUCAGGACAGCAAGGGCUACACAGAGAAACCCUGCCUUGGGUGGAAAAAGAAGAAGUAGGAAGGAAGAAAAAGAAGGGCGGAAGGAAGAAAAAGAUUCUUCCUGAGGAGGAAGAAUUGCACGGAUGUGACAGCUAUGGGAAAGUCUGGUGCACAGAUUCUGAUGCCACACGUGAAAAAGGUUUUAAUCAAUGUCCAGCCCAUGCUCCAUUUAAAAAAUAGAAAUUCUUACCCUUUCUAUAAUCUAAGAAAAUCUCUUACAAUUCACAGCAAUAUCAUUAUAAAAUAUAAGACAUUAAUGCGGAACUUACCAUAUUUAAAACUAAAUGUGGAAAGUCUCAAUCAAAAUUAUGAGGAAAAUAUAUUCAUCUUAGAAUCUCAAACCUUUAUUUUUUUAUAUAUAUAUUUUUUGAUUUUUCGAGACAGGGUUUCUCCGUAGCUUUUUGGUUCCUGUCCUGGAGCUAGCUCUUGUAGACCAGGCUGGCCUCAAACUCACAGAGAUCCGCCUGCCUCUGCCUCCCGAGUGCUGGGAUUAAAGGCGUACGCCACCACCGCCCGGCUAACUCAAACCUUUAUUGAGUCUAAAUUACCAAGUGCAUAUCAGAGAUUACUUCAGAGAAUGCAAGGAAACCUUAAAUCCUGUGAUUAAAGUGGUAUUAAUGCUGACGUCACACAUGUCCUCUAGAGAUGGAGAGUUGGGUCCUAUGCACAAACUGAGUAUAAACUCCAUGCCACUUUGUCUCCGUGAUUUGUUGGUAUUGGUCUAGUUUUGGUUUCCUCGUGAGCAUGAAUCCCUAUGGUGCACACAGCAAGGCUUGUUUAAUUUUCAAUAAUGCAGACCAAUAUUGAACAAAAUGGAGCUGUGGUAUUGUGGUCCUGUAAAUACUGUAGUUCCAUGAUAUCCAUGGGGGCUAUGCCCAUAAGGCAUAGAACUUCACCAGUCAGCUGACAGUCUUGCUAAGUCCAGAUAGACUGUAAAUAGGAAAAGUACAUGACCCUUUGUGUUAGUGAUAGAGGUUCUCAGUUCCUAACUAACAGUUUCAAACUUUGUGUGCCAGUGACUCAAAUCCUACCUAGUGUUAGUGUCUUCGCUGCUCUUCUUCCAGCCAGAACCAUCAGCUACCAGAAGUUCUUGCAAUUUUUCCGAGAGAUGGAGCUAGCUGGUCCCAGCACUGGUUACCAGCCAUUCUCAGUGGUAACAGUUCUAAGGAAACCAGCCAGUGUAUACUCCCCUGAAAUCAUAAAUAUGCAAAACCAUCCUGAAGAGAUGCUAUUGGUACUGGUGCUGCAGCAAUGCAUGGGCUGACAAGAUGGAAUGAGAGAGGGGCAGAUUAUAUAGGCAAAAGAAAUAGACACAUGUGUGUUUGUGGUGUCCUGCUGAUGAACUGCAGACUUUAUGCAACUUCAGGUUGUGAGCAGGAGAAGGGUCUGGUAUGGGACAAUUGUAUUCUGUCAAUUAUGUUUUAAAUAAACACUGAUUGGCCAGUAGCCAGGCAGGCAGUAUAGGUGGGACAACCGGACAGGA